AUGUUUUCAAUCGACGCCCUGCUUAGCAGCAACAAAGAUGUGCGAUUUGAUGUUCCCUCCUCUCCUGACAGUUAUGCAAAUUGCGAGGAUAAUUGCGCUGCCCCCGUGCCAGUGACAGAAGCAGAAAACUGCCCCUCGCAAUGUUUACAACUCGCUUCGGUUCAGCGAGAACAACAAAAACAGUCAGGUUCCAGUGAAACGGACACCUGGACACACAGGUUUCCUUUUGUUACCGCAUUCUUCGGGGAUGGAACUCUUGGCAGUCCCAAUAACAAGACAAUCAGUACGCUUCUGGCUUCAUUGUAUACUGAUAUACGAGCAGUGAAUCAGAUGCCAAAGUCGUCGUUCGUUCAGAAUCAGAUGCCAAUCAACCUAAAAAGUUCCUACUUCAAUGCAGGUAAAGAAAAAACUGGUCUUUAA